CCUGGGCCACCCUCCGUCCCCGGGCAGGCAGGGUCUCAGCCUGCGGAAAGUUUUCUGCGCCGGGAGGAAGUUAGACUUUUGGAGAUUGUGAGAAAGCAGCUCUCGUGGCUGCAGGGUUCUGGGCGGCCAUGGAGGAGCCCCCUUUGCGAGAGGAGGAAGAGGAGGAGGGGGAAGAAGAGGAGGAAGAAGGAGACGAGGCUGGGCCCGAGGGGGCUUUGGGCAAGAGCCCCUUCCAGUUGACCGCCGAGGACGUGUAUGAUAUCUCCUAUGUGAUGGGCCGCGAGCUGAUGGCCCUGGGCAGCGACCCCCGGGUGACACAGCUGCAGUUCAAGAUCGUCCGCGUCCUGGAGAUGCUGGAGACGCUGGUGAAUGAGGGCAACCUGACCGUGGAGGAGCUGAGAAUGGAGAGGGACAGCCUCAAGAAGGAGGUGGAGGGGCUGCGGACCGAGGGCUCGGCGGCAGGCAGGGAGGUAAACCUGGGACCAGACAAAAUGGUGGUUGACCUGACAGAUCCCAACCGGCCACGCUUCACUCUGCAGGAGCUAAGGGAUGUGCUCCAGGAGCGCAACAAACUCAAGUCCCAGCUGCUGCUGGUGCAGGAAGAGCUGCAGUGCUAUAAGAGUGGUCUGAUUCCACCAAGAGAAGGCUCAGGAGGACGAAGAGAAAAAGAUACCCUUGUCACCAGGCCCAGCAAUGCCAGAAGUAACAAGGAGGAGAAGACCAUCAUAAGGAAGUUGUUCUUUUUCCGAUCAGGGAAGUAGACACAGCUCUAAGGCCACGACUAAGGCAGAGGGUCUCGGACUCAACAAGGCAACGCGCCAAGACUCCCAGACACAUCUCUCGGUGCCACGUAUAUGCACCGUCCUCGCUCAUUUGUUUCCCCUGAAAGCCACCAAGGAGGAAGGAGGGGAGGCGCUCUCAUGAUCACUGUCUGCCAGGCUGCAGAACUGGACACCCCUGGGCGCUUGGCCUGGGCAAGACAGGAGAAGGAAAGCAAAACAAGACCUAAUUCCUGCUCCAUUCAGCCUCACGGGGGGGGGGGGGGGGGAAGGGGGGGCCUCCAGCAUGCGCAUGCGCCUUCCACUUGUCUGGUCCCGCAGGUGACCCUCGUCUCUACCGUGUGGUAGCGGCAAAAAUGCAUGAGCCCACAGGGAGAGGGGAGGAGAGAACGCAGGAAAAAAUGGUAAUGACAUUCCAGUGAUUUCAUGGAUAUGUAGUGAAUAUUCGAUUUUGCUUCACGUGACUUUACAUGAUUUUACAUGAUUUUGUAUCAAAGUAAAACGACUUUUAUACUUUC